AUGCAACAGAGGCGGGGCAACGAAAGGGAGUUCAAGGACGUGACGGGCGUCAUGGAAGGCGUGCAGUCGUACUUUGACCGAGCCGUGAGCUCCUGCUGUACCGCAUUGAGUGUCGACGAUCUGGGCACUCGUACCUCUCGUGCUCUAUGCUGCGUUCCAACUGCAUCUGUUGCCCAAGCCAGCAGCCCAAGUCGCAGCCCAAGCCAGCAGCUCAAGUCGCAGCCCAAGUAUUCUUUUUACCUGACGUUGCCACUCACGUACUUAUCGCAACGUCAGAACUACUGGACGCCGGUGGACUCGCAUGUCCUGCUGGGAGCAGCGUCCACAGCUUUUGUGCCUCAUGUUGACGCUCCAGUAGCUUGUGGGGUUGGUGCAGUUGUCAAUCGAUGUGAUGAGUACGCAUGCCCUACGAACCAGUACAAGAGACACCACAUCCAGCAGCUUCAACUGCCGACAGUUGACCACUUUUGGCCGUCACUUGAGGCAUUAACAGCAGCCGUUGCGUUUAUCCAGAUGCAGAAACAACGGGAGUCAGGACGAGUAUCUGAAUGGGAAAACGCCACGUGCGCAAAGUUGCUUUACUUGCAUCCAGAUGUCCGUGCGUUCUACCACAAGGUUUGGUCGUUGAAUGAAGGUGACAAGCAGGAUGAAGAUGGAGUGCUGCCAAGGAGAAAGAAAAAGAUCCGGAUGCUGUCAAUCAGAAACCUCGCGUUGAGAACGUCAAUGCGUUGCUGGAUAUCCACAUGGACCGAACUUCGAACGGUACAUGAUCGGGAAAAUGAAGGCGCAAAAAUUGUCGCUGAGUUGGCGCGCUCGCAGGCGUUUUACCAUGCAAAAGGCCUGGAACUCUUUGCCGUACCAUCUCAAUCUAUUGCAAAGCUUUACACUGCCAAUGUAGGACAUCUGAAAGGGGCAGCGCAAGUGAGGCACAAGCGAGCUAGAGGAUAUAGUAGAAAAUCUGGGCACUCGUACCUCUCGUGCUCUAUGCUGCGUUCCAACUGCAUCUGUUGCCCAAGCCAGCAGCCCAAGUCGCAGCCCAAGCCAGCAGCUCAAGUCGCAGCCCAAGUAUUCUUUUACCUGACGUUGCCACUCACGUACUUAUCGCAACGUCAGAACUACUGGACGCCGGUGGACUCGCAUGUCCUGCUGGGAGCAGCGUCCACAGCUUUUGUGCCUCAUGUUGACGCUCCAGUAGCUUGUGGGGUUGGUGCAGUUGUCAAUCGAUGUGAUGAGUACGCAUGCCCUACGAACCAGUACAAGAGACACCACAUCCAGCAGCUUCAACUGCCGACAGUUGACCACUUUUGGCCGUCACUUGAGGCAUUAACAGCAGCCGUUGCGUUUAUCCAGAUGCAGAAACAACGGGAGUCAGGACGUACGUUCACUGCAAAGGAGGCACGGGACGCAGUGUGGCGGUGA